CCCGCGGGUCCGGCUCUUCACAACCUCCGAACUCCGCAGAGCUCCGGAGAGCCGUGCGGAGGCCGCGGGCGAGGAGGAUGCCGACCAGCCGCGCUCUGAUUCUGGGGGUCCUCGCCCUGACCGCGCUCCGCGCCUGCGGAGGGCAAGACAUCAAGGCUGAUCAUGUGGGCAACUAUGGUAUAAAUGUCUAUCAGUCAUAUGGACCCAACGGCCAGUACACGUUUGAAUUUGAUGGUGAUGAGUUGUUCUAUGUGGAUUUGGAUAAGAAGGAGACUGUCUGGAGGAUUCCUGAGUUUGGCCAGCUGACGAGCUUUGAUCCCCAAGGUGGACUGCAAGAGAUAGCUGCAGCAAAGCACACCUUGGAAAUCAUGAUUAAGAGGUCCAACUCUACCCCAGCUACCAACGAGGUUCCUGAGGUGACCGUGCUUCCCAAGUCCCCCGUGCUCCUGGGUCAGCCCAACAUCCUCCUCUGUCUGGUGGACAACAUCUUCCCCCCUGUGGUCAACAUCACGUGGUUGAGAAACAGCAAGUCAGUCACAGACGGCGUUUAUGAGACCAGCUUCCUCUCCAACGAUGACCAUUCCUUCCAAAAGAUGUCUUACCUCACCUUCAUCCCUUCCGAUGAUGACGUUUACGACUGCAAGGUGGAGCACUGGGGCCUGGACGAGCCGGUUCUGAAACACUGGGAACCUGAGAUUCCGGCCCCCAUGUCAGAGCUGACAGAGACCGUGGUCUGUGCCCUGGGGUUGUCUGUGGGCCUCGUGGGCAUCGUGGUGGGCACCAUCUUCAUCUUCCAAGGCCUGCGGUCAGGUGGCCCCUCCAGACACCCAGGGCCAUUAUGAGUCACACCUGCAGAGGAAGGUGUGUGGUCCUCUUCAGGGGAGGCGUGGUGCAAUGGACAACCUGGCACAGUAUGUUUUCUGGCCCAGUUCAUCGUCCUCGUCUUCCAUCUCGCUUUUCUCUUGGACCUGAGGCUGUGCCCUCUCACAGCUCACAUACCCUUAGAAUAGUCUCCUGACCUGACUUUUGGUUUUCGGCAUCUUUCAAAUCGUAUCUACUAGAAUCCUUCUGAGACCCUGACUCGGUAGCCCCAUGAACCCAAUAAAUCACCUGUUAUAAGUUGUC